UUUGCUGCCUCGGUCGCCGCGGUCCCCGGGGAGCGGGCUCCGGAGCUCUCUCCCAUUGGCCGUCGCUGUGUCAGCUGGUGCGAUUUGCUGCUGUCGCUUUUGGCGUUCGGCCAUCCAGAAACAAACCAGUUCGAUGACUACUAAUAGUUAUAGCCAGAUGUACUAAUACACAACAAAUCACAGUCCUGCAGAGGGGCGCGCAAAUGAGUUCCUAUUUUGUGAAUCCCACUUUCCCCGGGAGCCUGCCCAGCGGCCAGGACUCCUUCUUGGGCCAGCUGCCCCUCUACCCGGCUGGCUAUGACGCGCUGAGGCCCUUCCCAGCCUCGUACGGGGCGUCCAGCCUUCCGGACAAGACGUACACCUCACCUUGUUUCUACCAACAGUCCAACUCGGUCCUCGCCUGUAACCGGGCGUCCUACGAGUACGGGGCCUCGUGUUUCUAUUCUGAUAAGGACCUCAGUGGCACCUCGCCCUCGGGCAGUGGCAAGCAGAGGGGCCCCGGGGACUACCUGCACUUUUCUCCCGAGCAGCAGUACAAACCCGACAGCAGCAGCGUGCCAGGCAAAGCGCUCCAUGACGAAGGCACCGACCGGAAGUACACGAGCCCUGUUUACCCCUGGAUGCAGCGGAUGAACUCCUGCGCGGGUGCUGUGUACGGGAGUCACGGGCGCCGAGGCCGCCAGACCUACACGCGAUACCAGACGCUGGAGCUGGAGAAGGAGUUCCACUUCAACCGCUACCUGACGCGGCGCCGCCGCAUCGAGAUCGCUAACGCGCUCUGCCUCACCGAGCGCCAGAUCAAGAUCUGGUUCCAGAACCGCCGCAUGAAGUGGAAAAAGGAAAAUAAACUCAUCAAUUCCACACAGCCCAGCGGGGAGGACGCUGAGGCAAAGGCGGGCGAGUAGACUCCUGGGCAGGGACAAGGCCAGCAACAGCAACCUCCCUCGGCUUUGCCCCCUUGCCUUCUCCUGUUCCCCAACUUUUCUCCCUGCCUGCUCCUAUUGUUUGGUGGGGGGGGGGGCUUCCGCAGCUUCAGGGGAACCCGGAGCUUUGAAACGCCUGAGUAUUUCUUACGAAAUAAUAAUAACCCACACACAGCCAACCCUAGCGGUGGAGCAGGGCGCACGGCACACAUAGCCCGGCUCUCCAAGGCUGCCCAAGCCUGCUCGGGAUCCCAGGGCGCGCCCCGAAUUCGUCCCUGGCUCUUGUGCUAGCGUCUCUGUACGCCUCUGAGCUCGGGACGCAGGAUUACUGGAGAGGAGAGAACACCAGGCCGAGCCCCUUUUGGUGCCUGGGAAUUUCCGCCUCGGUCUUUUGCCACCAAGUCCCGGAGGAUACCACCAAAUCGACUGCGGCCACUGGAAAGAGGGGGCCUAAAGGCUGGGCCCCAGGAGUUCUGUGGCCUCCCAGCCCCCCCCCCAGACAGGAAGAAGAGCGGGGAACAAAGGGUGCCCUGAGAGAGCCUGGGCUCUCGGCCCCGCGCCCAACCGUCCAUGGAAGAGGAGCAGCCUCAGCCGUGUUGAGCCAACCUGGGCGCGGGUGGAACUUUACAGCCCCGGGAGCGACUGGGCUCCCAAAGGCUCCGUGCUCUGGAUUCCGGCUGCCUGCCUCCGAUAGCGUCGGCGCUGCCAACAACCACAGCAGCUUUCAGGACCUAAGGAGGGAGCCCAGGGCCAUGGAAACAGCAAGAGUUCUGGUUUCCAAACGUGCCAGAGGUGCCUGCGACGCGCGGCCUCCAGCUUGGAUAUCCCUCCGUGAUUUUCGGCUGUUUGAGAAUUUAUUUCGUCUUUUAGAACGCAGGAAAAUAACUACGGAGACACUAGGCACUGCCACGAAAUGCUUCCACUAGCAUCCUCAUUUUACUCCUGGAUAUCUAAGCAAGACCAUAAUAAUUCAGUCCAUGGGUCCCCAGCCCCCAAGCAGCUUCUGUGGCUGCGGGGAGCCUGGGUUCACUCGCCGGCUUCACCGGGAACCCUCUGACUUGGGGCCUGGCUGGCUGGAGGAAAGGGACUCGUUGGUGAAAAUUCUCCAGAAUGGAUACUUAAAGCAAAACAAAUAGCAAAGUAAUGACACGAAAGCCGUACUUAAAGAAAGAAAAAUCAACUCCAGUUAUAAAAGUGUAUGGAAUUUGACCUCGCCUCAGAGAAACACUACACAAAAGCUAUCUUUAAUAGACGCCUGUCAUUUAAGAGCGGCAGGGACACUGUCCCGCAUGCGCUCGCAAAAAACAGAGUCAUAAUUGUAGCUGCUGCUGCGGGCAGGAUUUAUUUCUCCAAUUGACUAAAUGGCCUCCCCUCUUCCCCGAAGGUGAUAUCUGUAUUUUAAAAUUUCAGAGCUGCCGGUACGACAGGCAGAACCGACCCCAACCUCGACACAAAAAUAAGGGGCUGCACAGCGGGAAAAUGAAGUUGUUGUAAAUAAAAUCCAAGUCACCAUCUCC